UCAAUCCCUACACGCUGUCGAUAAAGAUAAAGGUCAAUUCUUUUUCACGGCGAUGAAUUCAGUUGCGCCGCCGGAAUCCCAGGAUGGCGCCGUCGGUGGUGCGGCUGAGAUGGUCCGCGCUUAUCGGGAUUGGCAAGGCAGUAAUAAAUUUUUUCUUGGUGGAAGGUUCGUAUUCGGGCCGGAUGUAAGAUCAGUCGCUCUGACAAUAUUUCUCAUAGUUGGUCCUUCUGCCGUUUUCUGCGUUUUCGUUGCAAGAAAACUGAUGGAUGAUUUUUCCGGUGAUUGGGGUAUUGCAGUUAUGGCUGUAUAUGUUGUUUUCACUCUCUAUGUGUUGGUACUUCUUCUAUUGACUUCCGGAAGGGAUCCGGGUAUUAUUCCUCGAAAUUCUCAACCUCCAGAACCCGAGAGUUGUGAUAAUAGUCUUGAAUUUGGGAAUGGGGCAAGGCCUCGUUUGGCUCGGUCGAAAGAUGUUGUCAUAAAUGGAAUAACGGUGAAAGUUAAAUACUGCGACACUUGUAUGCUUUACAGGCCUCCUCGUUGUUCACAUUGUUCGAUAUGCGACAACUGUGUCGAACAUUUUGACCAUCAUUGCCCCUGGGUUGGACAGUGUAUCGGGCUGAGAAACUACAGAUUCUUUUUCAUGUUCGUAUUUUCAUCGGCACUUUGCUGCUUAUACGUGCAUGGGUUUUGUUGGGUGUACAUUAAGAUGAUAAUGAACAGUGAGGAUAUCUCGGUAUGGAGAGCAAUGACGAAAACGCCCGCCUCCAUUGUUCUUAUUAUCUAUACUUUUCUAGCUCUCUGGUUUGUCGGUGGCCUCUCCGUUUUCCAUCUCUACCUCAUCAGUACAAACCAGUCGACGUAUGAGAAUUUCAGAUAUCAGUACAGCAGGAGAGCGAAUCCAUACAACAAAGGAACAAUACGAAAUUUCAUGGAGGUGUUCUGCACAAGUAUCCCUUCUUCCAAGAACAACUUCCGUGCAAGAGUUCCAAAGAAAAAUGCGACCCAGUCCAACCCAGCGAGUGCUCGUUUCAGUACAAAAAAUAUGGGAAAUGUGAAAGUGGAGCAACAGCAUCAAGAGAAGGCGAUUUGGGACGAGCCCACAAUUGACAGUCACACAGUUCUUACGAUAGGCUCGAGUCGAAUCACGCUUGCAAAUGACGAUCAUAAUUCGAAUUGGCAAUAGGACGAAAAAAA